CCACCGUAAACAAGGCUUCCAGGAGUCGCACUGUUCUCUCUGCGGCGGGUGGGCUCCCAAGCACCAUGCAACCUAUGAUAAAAAUAGCCCCAGGGGUGUGGUACUGGAAAGAGGAUACCAAAACACUUGAAUUUGCAAGCUCCAUCCCCGCCGCAGAUGCUAAAGAGAAACUCAAGAAGGGCAAAACCAUCCAUUUUCAGGAAAUGGGCAGUAAAACACUAGACAGAUCGACUCCUAGUAUGUUUCGAGAUUUGUUUGGUGCAAGAUUCCCUGAGAAAAGAAUGAAUAUACAAGAAGAGAAAUCCCCUAGGCUGUCGAAGCGGGGACAAAAUGAAUGUAUUACAUUAGACGAUGUUAAAUAUGCUGCUUUGUUUCUGGUACAAGAAGAUGAAUCAUAUCAUAUACCAUCUUUUACAGCAGUUAUGAGGAGUAAGCAGCUGGAUGAGUUCCUCAUGGCUCUGCUUUUCUAUUUAUCGUAUUAUCUGGAAAAAAUUGCCCUGGAAAAGAAACCCAAAUCUUUUAUGGUAAACCCCAGUGUGUUAGACCAAAAAGAACUGGAAGAGACAUUGGCUAAGCUAGCAGGAACCAAGAAACACCUUGCCAAGGUGUACUGCAUCCUUAUUCUUGGACUAGGAAGGGCUGAGCAGCAUCACAUGGCUUGUGGAAAGAGAAAAACAUCAUCAACACAGAAGGACCGAGAGUUCUUUGAGUGUUUCUACAACUUCUGUACAUACGUGUCCUGGGUGGUGUUCAGACGGAAGCACUUCCAAGAGAUUCAGGAAGAAGUGGGCAGGCUUCUUCGCUCUGACAUAUUUAAUCCCGCAUUGAGAGAAAAGAACAGCCCCAACCUGCAGAAAACAGAUGUCUCUGCCGAUCAGAGGAAAGUUAUCUUUCCCUAUCACAGGAGUGUAUAUGCCAGACGCCCAGCGAUAAAGAGUGUCGUUGGCCAGCGCUCGCCGGUGCUCAGUACGCUACUGCCCCUGCCCAAAGACAACGCUCAGUAUCUCUUCCAGAACCAUUACCUGCAUCGGGGCAGAACCCUUCCAACUUGCAGCAGCAAGGACCUGCCGGACUACUCCACUGUUGAGCUUACACCCAAGGUUGGCAUCAUUGGAGCCCUUCGCAGCAAGUUCAAUCCCCAUACUCUCAUGCCUAUUGGGGUGAUAGAGGAGGAGGAGGAGGAAAAGGAGGAAGAACAAAGAACAAAGAGAAACAGUUUCUCAGCCAGUUCAUAUAACCUGGCUUUGUCAUCCCACAGAGGCACCCAAGUUGGAAUCAGUCGCCCGAGCAUGGUACUCUCAAGAGUAACUACGGAGGGGGACUACUCUGAGAACGGUUAAUAGAAAUGGCGCCCUCUAGCAUUGAGGGUAAUUCUAGCACGUAUUAAGUAAACCACUUUGAAGCUUCAUGUUUAAGAGCAGAGGCCAUUUGUUACAGGUAAUGCAGCCUAGUGAAUAGGGCACUGGACUAGGAUUUAGGAAACCUAGGUUCUGUUCACGGCUUGGCCACUGACUUGCUGUGUGACUUUGGGCAAGUUAUUUCCCCCACUUGGUGCCUCAGUUUCCUCAUCUGUAAAAUGGGGAUAAUGAUACUGACUCCCUCUGUAAAGCAUUUUGAGAUCUAUGGACCAAAAGAGUGAGGUAUGAUUAUUAUUUAUUCCUUUAAAAUUUGCAUUGCGAGAAGAUUCCUGGAAGGAUUAAAAAUUCUGAAAAUUAUGGUUUUACGGGAAUUUCCUCUUACAUUUUUAAUAUAUUAUGUUUACUCAUUUUUUAUUUCCAUAGUGUUUCACUGGGCUUUGCACAUAUGCAUCUCUCCAUACUAAUGUGUGACAAAUGUUGAUAAAUGAAUAGCAAAGAUGAAUACCACUAUUUAAAGAUAUGGGGCAGAUCCUCAGUUGUUGUAAAUCAGUGUUGCUACACUGAAAUCAAAGGCGCUAUGCUGAUUUACUCCAGAUGCGGAGCUAGCCUGCAGUAUUCAUUAUAUAGCAUUUAUCUCUUAUCUUUCAUUUUCACCAGUGGGGAAAAUAGGUCCUAGAAUUCCAAACACCAAUUAAAAUAUGCAUUUGGGAUGUCAACAUCAUGAAACAAAAAGCUAAUCAGUCCCUAAGUAAGGAUAAGAUUAUGUCCCGAAGUCUUGGAUUCUGUGACUUUCAGAGACCUCCAUGACAUUUUCUGCUUCAGCUCUGGGACGGCAGGGCUGGAGCUCCCAGCCAUCAUGGGACUCUGCAGCUCCAAACUGCUGGCCACAGAGCUCUGAGGGACCGCAGGUGGAGCGGCCCCAGAGUUCCCAGCCACUAUGUAUUUCUGCGUAUUUUUGCUUAUUGCCCGUGACCUGUCCGUGACUUUUACUAAAAAUAACCGUGACAAAAUCUUAACCUUAGUCAUAAGAAAUUACAAGGGUUUACCUAUAAAACAGUCCGUAUUCUGUUACCAUUACCAUUAGCAGAAAACCGUGGUGAAAUCCUGGCCCUUUUGAAGUCAAUGAGAAUUUUACCAUUGAUUUUAAUGGCACCUGCAUUUCACCCUCUUGGCUCUAACAAUGAAAGAAAACCAAAGAUGAGCAGAGUUUUCUGAGAGCCGAGAAGAAAACUUUAACAUCUCAGUGUAUUGUUUAAAAUACUAUCUAUGGGACCGCUACGAUCUCCUCAUGUACACAGAUGUUGACUGCGACAUGCUUUGUUCAGAACAAACACCUCUAUAUUAUGCAUUUCUGCAUUAGGGAGGGCAAGUUAGUGAGAAGACAAAUACACAAGAAUCAGAUAUGGUCCUAGGUAAAUGCCCUUUUCUCAUGAAAAACCGAUUGCUGCUAGAAUAUGUAGCAGAAGUUCCAAACACCUGUGUCCCCCCUCCACCCCUGCCCCCCACUGAUGCAUUUAUCUCGUUCUCAUAACCUUCAGGUUUUGCCAAUAUGAAUGUUUUAUUUUUAGAAAAUAAUCAGUAAAGUAAGAUUGCAUUGUGUGUAACAUGACCUUAAUCAGGGGCGG